UCUGUCCGCCAAGUGCAUGGGUCCUCUGAGUUGUGAGAACGUCCCCAAGAACGUGGUGUGCGGCAGCGACGGCCUGGACUACCAAAGUGAAUGUGAGCUCAACAUGAAAGCCUGUGACGCUCAGAAGAACAUCCGUGUGCAUCACCAAGGCCGCUGCGAUCCUUGCAGUGAUACUCUGAACAGCUUGAGUAUGGCCUGUCGGGUGAACCCAAAGACCUACAAGCAGUUUACCUUCGCCCCAGCCGAUUCCUGCCCGCCCGACAGUACGCCCAUCUGCGCCAGCGACGGCCACACUUACGAUAGCGAGUGUCAGAUGGAGCGGACGGCCCUGCAGAACAACCUGGAGCUCAAAAAGAUUUCUUCAGGCAGCUGCAAGGAGAAAGGGGGCUGCCCGAAUGGUUGUAAGUUCAACGCCAUGUGUUUGCUGGAAAACGGAGAGUUUCGGUGUUCCUGCGACCCCAUACAAUGUGACGGCACACACAAGCCCCUGUGCGGAAUGGACGGAAAGACAUACCUCAACGACUGUGAGAGGAAACUCGAAGAGUGCUGGACUGAAACAGACAUCCCUGUCAAGCAACAAGGGCCCUGUGAUCUUAACCUGGAGAGCCCCUGCCUGAAGAAGACCUGCGAGUUUGGAGCCGUGUGCGUUGUUAAGAACAGCGAGCCUGUGUGCGAGUGCUCAGACGCGUGUCCACAGAACCAAGACCCUGUUUGUGGCAGCGACGGCACACUUACAGCAGCUCAUGUCAAAUGAAGGCCAUGGGAUGUGCCCUUCAGAAACAGAUACAGAUGAAGCACAAAGGACCAUGUGAUGAGUCCUGCACCAACUGCUCAUUUGGCGCGAUCUGCGAUGCUCAGACUGGCCGGUGUGUGUGCCCCAAAGGGUGUUUGGAAACACGGCAGCCUGUGUGCGGCAGUGAUGGGAUGACAUAUGAGAAUGAGUGCAAGC